CAAAAAUAAACCUCUCUCUCCUCUCUCCUCUCUCCUCUCUCUAUUUGCAGAUCGGCCUCGCCUCUCCUCACAAAUGCCUUUGUCACGUUCCCUCCUUUCGCGGAGGUUCUCGAUUUCCUUCAGAGACCCUGAAGAAUCCGCCGCCGACGCCGACGCCGAUUCUCACCGAUCAAUGCUUCCUCCUCCGCCGUUGCCGUCUUCUAACGCCGCGGCGGCAGGGUCGUCGUGGUCGGCGAUGCUCCCGGAGUUGCUGGGGGAAAUCAUACGCCGCGUGGAGGAAAGCGAGGACCAAUGGCCCCAGCGUCGAGACGUGGUGAGUUGCGCCUGCGUGUCGAAGAAGUGGAGAGAGAUCGCCCAGGAGAUCGUUAGAUCUCCGGUUAACUCCGGCAAAAUCACUUUCCCUUCUUGCCUCAAACUGCCAGGUCCACGAGAGUUUUCUAAUCAGUGCCUGAUAAAGAGGAACAAGAAGACAUCAACCUUUUACUUGUAUCUCGCCCUCACACCAUCAUUCACUGAUAAAGGAAAGUUUCUUCUGGCGGCACGAAGGUUCAGGACUGGAGCUUACACUGAAUACAUUAUAUCACUUGACGCUGAUGAUUUCUCACAAGGAAGUAAUGCCUACGUUGGGAAACUAAGAUCGGAUUUUCUUGGGACCAACUUUACAAUAUACGAUAGCCAACCACCACACAACGGAGCGAAACCGUCAAACGGCAAAGCCAGCCGCAGAUUUGCAUCAAAGCAGAUAAGCCCACAAGUUCCAGCAGGCAACUUCGAAAUGGGUCAUGUCUCUUACAAAUUCAACCUCCUGAAAUCAAGAGGUCCAAGAAGAAUGAUAAGCACUCUCCAUUGCCCAACCUCAUCGUCAUCAUCAUCCACUGACCAAAAGCCAUGUGAUGUCUUCAACAAGAUGAUGAAGAAACCCAACAAAGAAGGUUCUUCAGGGUUGACGAUACUAAAGAACAAAGCUCCGAGAUGGCACGAGCACUUGCAAUGCUGGUGUCUGAACUUCCAUGGAAGAGUGACCGUUGCUUCGGUCAAGAACUUCCAGCUAGCUGCGACCGUUGACCAAAGCCAACCGAACGGUAAAGGGGAUGAAGAGACGGUGCUUCUUCAGUUUGGUAAAGUUGGUGAUGACACGUUCACCAUGGAUUAUAGACAGCCUCUGUCUGCUUUUCAGGCUUUUGCCAUUUGUCUCACAAGUUUCGGCACUAAACUUGCCUGCGAGUGAAGUGUGUAAUGUUUUGAUGUAAAAUUAUGUGUAAGUGUAUGUGGAUGGAGAAAAGCACAUAAUAAUUUCUAAGUUUGAAAACGAAAUUGUAAUUUUAAUGACCCAAAAUCUAUAUGUAUCUCUUAUGUGUUUUUAUUAA